AUGUCAAUCUUUAGCUCGGAAACGCUGAAGGAUGCGCCAUUGGUCGUUCGCGGUGCAGGCUUCGCAUUCGGUGUCGCUUGCAAAUUCGUCGUCGAGAACUGCACCGUCGUCACGGCCACGACAAAAGAUGAAAAAGCAGACGCCAAGAACUCGGUGAAAAGAUCCUGGAAUGACUCAGAAGACCAAAGGUUCUAUGCUAAGCCAAUGCAAGUCACUGAACCAUUGAAGUCGGAGCUGGAGAUCAAGAUCUAUCGAGUGAGCACUACUGCGACCAGUGCGGUAGGAGCUAAGGAUGGUGACGAGGAAGAUGGGUGGAACAAGGUUCAGAGAGUCAUUAGACCAAUGCCCACUGCUUUGUGGGGGAAGUAUGAUCAAUCCACAGAUCCGUCUCACAGAGACGCCUCUCAAGCUGCAAUGCUGUCGCCGUCAAACGGCACGAAGCAGCUCAUGACAGGCGUAGAUAUCCACGCUCCAGAUGCCAAAUUCAGCGCCGAGGUCCCCAUUCAAUUCAACGUCGUCGACACUAUGGGGCAAGAUGUCAAGUUUGAAAGCGGCAAGGAGCCUGUAUUCCCGAAUCCGAAGCUCGUCAACGCUGCCUGGUCGCCCGUUGCCCCGAGCAUGAACUGGCAAGACGAUGCUAAGAUCAUUACGGACGAGUGGAAAGACAUGAAGGGAAUUGCCGUGAGUGUGGUGAGCAUGUGGAAGGGUGUUUCAGCGUUCAAGAUGUGGGAUACGAAGAAUUUCAGUGGCGCAGCGCCGCUGAAGACGGUGGAGACGUUUAAGAAGUUGUAUCUGAGUAUGCCGGCGUUGACUGCUUCUGGCUGA